CCAAUUCGUUAGUUGUGUAAACAUUCAUUUAAUCUCAAUUUGAAUCCAAAGAUUAGAAAUGACCAACAAUAAAAUAAAAAAAGAAAAUAAAUAUAAAUAUGAUUAGAAAUAGAUUAAUGUAAAAUAAAUAAAACAACAAAACAUGAAGGCCUUCCUAGUUUGACCAUCACCCCUUACACCAAUCCCUCUUGAUCUGACACUGUGUACAUGGCACUAUCAACAACAUCAACAUCAUCAUCAUCGUCAUUGCCAUUAUAUUUCUGAAUGGCUUUGUCAUUAAGUUAUUUUUUGUCAAUAUACUUCACCCCUACACAUACACACAGCUACACCCCACACCCAUGUAUACAUACAAACACACAAUCAAACAUCGUCUCGUGCACACACACACACACACACACACACACACACACACACACACAGGACCACCGGGUACAUAUUUGUGUUGCUGUGAUAAUUCUUCUUCCUGUUGAUUAAUUCAGUAACAAAACACAACCAAACAACUUUGAAGUGUUUCUGCAGAAGAAACCAAAAAAUCCUCAGAUCUUUCUGCCAUUUCUUGGGCCACAGUUGACACUUAAUUCGUCUCAAGAGGCACCAAUUCCUUGUUUCAGAUGUAACUCCUUUCUUUAGGGACGAAUUAUCUGUCUGCAAACCAUUCAAAGAAAUAUUUGAAGAAUUCUAAGAAUGGCUCUUUUAAUUGGAAUAUUGUUAAUGUGUGUUGGCGUGACUAAGUUGACCUUUGUUAAUGCUGGGGUGGACAUUGGUCAAACAUCAGUCCAAGAAAUCAGUGGACAGCGAGUAGAGGUGGCCACCACAGGAAGACUGACCGACAUCAUUUAUUUAGAUGUUUAUUCUUCAAUAAAGAAAUUAAAAUGUGAGAAAAAUAAGAUAAUUCUCAUUGGAAAAGAUGAUUCGUUGGGCCGCAACUGGACCGAAGGGCAGAUUAUUGUUGGUGGACCGAAAUGGGAGUGCUUUCUAAAUUCUCUGGACCCUGACCAGAAGGGAAUCUAUGGUGUAGUGACGCAUGUCAGCUUUGCUAAUCAUCGUCGAAUUAAUGUAUUCAUGAAGAAAAUAAGUUCUUUGGAUCUGUUUGAAAACACCACCACCUUCUCCAUCCGUUCGAGACCAUCCAACACCAAACAGUCAGCUUCCAUUCAACCAACAACUCACCAAAACGCUUCUGUCGCAUCACAAAAUGUGGGAACUUUCCUCAACCGAUUUUCAACCAGACCAUUCCAUCUGAUCAAAUUGAAGGACGGUGAUGAUUUAGUUAAGAUUCUUGACGACGACUACAACAACAGCAACAUUUCUGGAGCAAAUAUGGAUCUAUCGGUCAAGGUUUCAAACUGCGAAACAAGAUCCAAUAUGGCUUUUGAUAUGGAGCUGAUCAUUGCUAAGGAUCCGGAAGGAAUAAGUCGUGUCAAAUCCUUUUAUAAUCAGGUGAAUGUCAGUUUGAAGUCAUUACUGGAAUUAAAGACAGAGAUAUUCAACAAGACUGCUGUGAAGAACAUCCUGAAUGGAUUCCAACCAAAUUCCCAAGAAUUCUUAACUGUUCCGUUAACCAAUUCAUCUGGUCUGCCAUCAAUAGUUCUUCAAAUAACUGUCCAACCGGAAUCAAGUCUCAACUUCAAUGUUUUUGCUGCUCCUGGAAGAAGUCAUGUGACCACAGUGGUAAAGUCCGCGGCAGAUUACACAACAGUGAUGGAGUACGAGAACGGUAACAGAAGCAGACAAGAGGUGAAAGUUACCGAUUGGCAAUUAAGUAAUGAAACCCGGGUACAGGCUGAUGCGCAACAGGACAUGAAGAUGCUGAUGCAGUUCUCACAUCGGUUGAAAUUCACAGCUCACCUUGGUCUGUUCAUGGACAAGAUGUACCCGCUUCACACCUUUCCAAUAGAGAUCAGUUCUAACCCUAAUGUUGAAGUAGAAUCCAAAGCCGCUGGGCCGGUUCGCUCCACAAAGAUCACAUCAAAGCUGUCUGCAUCCGUAGCCACCACAUUCGUUGCUCCACAACACGAUGAUAACUCUACAGAAACCAACAUAGAACAACAAAAAAUAGAAUCUCAAGAAGUGACAAUCGGUGAACAAAUUUUGUUACAUUUGGAAACAGCAGAAUGCCAUCGCAAUGGUAAAACUGAAACUGACCAAUCAGUGAAGAUGACAGAUAUAUGUGCUGCCACCUAUAGCAGAAAUACCAACAAGAAAAGUAAUUUAAAAAAUCUGAUUUACCUUCUUGGAGAUGACAUUGUCUUCAUGUCAGAACUAACAAAUGGAACCUGGUGCCAACAACAAGGAAGAAAGUGUCAGGGUUGUUUCAGACAUUCAGUGAAGAAUUCCAAGACAAACCAAUGUCCUGAUAGACUGGUGACACCAAGACUGGCUUUGCGACUCUCAAAACUUGUCCUCAUGUCCAGGCUUACCUGGCCAAACAGGAAGUUGAUUGUCCUGAAAUCCUGGACCGAAGCUCCACCAGCAAACCCCGCUCAGUUACCAAAGAAUAAAAAGGAUUCUUUGUUCUUUGAAGAAGCCAGAGCAAUACAGAUCGGAAUAAGUAAACCCAUUGACGCUAACCCUAACCCAAACAAGGGGUUGACGUUGGAUAAAAGCCCCACCACCCUCGAUGCGUUGGGUAAACUUGCCCUCUGUGCCGACUUCCAAUACGUCCGACAAGUGAAAACCGAUGCUUACUUAGAACUGGCCGUUUGUAUGAAGGAAGCCCCUGGAAAAUCUGAUUCCAGUUCAGAGACUGAGGAGGAAAUCUCAGACAAGAAAAUGUUUAUGACUUCAAUGAAUGCCACAAGCUCCGAUAUCCGUAUGUGUGAUGACCUGUUGAACAAGCCGUUCCCUGUUGGAUCCACAUUCCCAGAAAAUAUGACAGCAGAUGAAGUGUGUGGCCCUGUUGAUGUCGCAAUUGACCGAACCAACACCAAAGACUAUUCCAGUCUAUACGUGUACCCUUUUAACGAUGUCAAGUUUGAGUCAGAGGGACAGUCAAAGAAUUGGUGUGGAAGCACUCUAAGACGUUGCCGAGAUGAUUGCAGUCAAGCAAGUGCAAGAGCUGAACCUUGGCAAUGGUGCAACAGACGUGUUAUGAGCCGACGCCUGGCAAGUCGUCUGCGAGAAUUAUCUCGUUUAAUGAACAAUUGGUUGCAAGCAAAGAAACCAGCUCAAAAAACAGCCAUUAAAGUCCUAAUGAGUCAUAAAGAAGCUUCAGAAUACAAGCCCAAGCCUGACCAGUUUCAUCCCUUGUACACAGAAGGCAGAGGAUUACGGCUCACAACAACAGCAAACCCAGGAUUAUACCUCCAGCAACUUUCUUUAUUGGCCAUUUGCGCCAGUUUUGACUACGUCUCCUAUAGUAACCAUUCAUUCAUUGAAGUAUUUGUUAAGAAACAAGCUGGCUGGGUAGCAAACGAGGUGGAUUUUCUUGGUCAGAGUUUACUAGUGGUCCAACCACCAUUUUCUCAGUCACAGGAAUAUGAUUAUCCAAGACCUCUCCAGUCAGAAUCUGGGGCAAGUAUGUUAUUUGAUGGCUCAAACAAGAUGACAAACCUCUCUCCAAAUUUCAAGAUAAAAGACUUUCUCUUUUCCAAUGUGCGUUAUUUCCGACUUGAUCCACAGAUUUUGACAUGUUUGGAAAGAGUCAAGGAAGCUUUCCCAGAGAAAUUCCACAUCACACCUAAUGGUGCUUAUCGUUCAUCAACAGCCAACCUCCUCAACCUAUAUCACCGCCAUAUUGAAGAACUUCACCGAUUCCAGGCAGGAAAAGCAGUUGAAUUGACAACAAAAGACAAAGAUUCAAACCGUCUUUUACUUCUGGCUGAAACAGUCAUCCGACAAUGCAGUCCGUCAUUAAGGGCAGUUGAUUGGUCUCUCGGAAUUGGACUUCACAGCAGCUCCAUCUAUGUGGAUCUGAGGCCACAAAAUGGAAAACGUUUCGUAAAAAUAUGGAACACUGGAGGAAAUAAUGAAACUUUUAGACAACUCAAGAAAUUUUCUGAUGCUGCACACACAGGUGGUUCUUUAAUAUCAUCGACCGACCUGGAAGAAGCUUGCAAGAAACCCAUUCUGGGAGAAGAUUUUUAUUACCUUUCUCUCUACUCAGAAGGAAUUGACUUCUGCAUCAACAACAAUGCCAAAGAAGAAGGCACGUGUAAGAUUACACAGACUCAACGUGAAAAAGAAGCCACGAAAUUUAAAGAACGGCUGAUCUCUGCUGCCGGCGCCAGUGCCAUGGGUACCAGUGACAUAAUGGUGGACACCAGAAAAUGUUUGGUUGACAAUUGCGGUGGUUGUUCUGGAUCAGGGACAGUGUGGUUGCGAAAGAGCCAAGCUUGCAGUCAGCUCCUGCGGACGUUCGUGAAGAAGGCCAGCAUGCCUUUCCCCAACUUGCACAACACCGUUGCAUUCUUCAGCAGCACCAAUGCCAACAGCUUGGUCCACCAUUUGGCCUGUGAACAAGGCAGCAUCUGUAUUGAGACAAUCCCCCUCUAUGCGGUCAUCGAGCCUCUUCUCGACUCCAAGUACAAUGUUGAAGAGAGUGAAACGGUUGAGGAGCUGCUCUUUGGUGGAGAUGACAAUCCUUCCCCUCUUUUGGAAAUCUUGGAGCAAGAACUUGCAAUGAGGGCCUCGGGUAAAGUCAUCGUGUUUCUGGAGACGGAUAAAGAUGUGGAUGUCCUUCGAAAUGUCCUCAAGAUUCUUAUGAUUUACAACAACAAAAUAGACAACGUUAAAUUCUAUAUCAGCAAGAAUGUGACUGAAACCAAGAUUUCUGCAUCUCUGAGAAGGAAGCUGGAUGUAUGGAGCAGCAGCACUUGCCCUCGCUUUAGCCGGGUUGCUGUAACCCCUUUCUCGAUAUCAAAAAUCCCAACAGAGAAGUUACGUCGCAGUGCAGAAAAAAGCAAAGCAAGGAAUGAGCGAAAAAUUGCAGCACAAAAUUGGGAGAUCGAUUGGUUGGAGAGUCUGUGAUCUUUGAUGUUAAACCUGAUUAGGAAGUUGUUAUAAAGAUUAUAAGAUCAUACGAAACAGUUUUUAAUUCAUUAAGUAUAAUAAAUAUAUAUAAGGUUAUAAGGAAAGCACCAGACUUGCAGAAUCCAGUCACCUGGGAUUUCUAAGUCAAAAUUUUACUUAACUCUUUAACAUUCAAGCCGGCCAUAUCCAGCCUAAAUAUUCUCCCUGUUUUGUAUUUAAAGUGACCAGAUCUGGCCUUUCAUACCUACCCUGAAAUGUCAUUCUAAAAGUAAACAAUCACAUCGUUUGAAAUCUAAAAGCUAUGAGAUAAUGCAGGAUUAAUUCAAAACAAUUUGAAAGAUUAAGGAUUCCAUUUGACUGAGUAAUUUGAACAAUAAAGGCUUAAAGCAGCUGGCAAAAGCUUUUGUUCUUAUAAGCUGGAUAAAUGGUGAAAUAAAAUUUCAAACAGGUUACCCUGGGUAGCUGUACUUUGCAGGACUUGUGAUUUUCAUUAUAACAUUAUCUUUACUCCCUUAGCUGCUUGAGUGUCACUCUGCUUGUUGAAGCCUUACCACACACACACACACACACACACACACAUGGAGAAAGAAAGUGUAUUUCCACACAGAAAUAAUACAGGAUUGUUGGUUUCGGGGGUUGAAAAUGCCCCUGAGUCUCAAAGCAUGUCGUUGCUUUUAAAUUUUGUUGCAAAACAAAAAAAUUGUGGAAACCGGUUUGAUAUUUUAAUAAGAAGCUUUCGAAAACGAUCUCCUAGACAUGAGUUCAAAACUUAUUAAAACACACGGACCUUCAACUUGUAACUAGUUUGAUAAAUGCCAACACACGAAACUCUCAGACCUUGAGUCACUCUGUUACUUCUGCUAAAUAUCAAUAAAAAUAUCCAUUUAACUCAUA